AUGGUCUUUACCGGGUCUCCACCUGGUCUCCUCCUUGUGGUCUUUACCGGGUCUCCUCCUGGUGGUCUUCACUUGGUCUCCUGGUGGUCUUCACUUGGUCUCCUGGUGGUCUUCACUUGGUCUCCUGGUGGUCUUUACCGGGUCUCCACCUGGUCUCCUCCUUGUGGUCUUCACUUGGUCUCCACCUUGUGGUCUUCACUUGGUCUCCUCCUGGUGGUCUUUACCGGGUCUCCACCUGGUCUCCUCCUUGUGGUCUACACCUGGUCUCCUCCUGGUGGUCUUCACUUGGUCUCCUACUGGUGGUCUUUACCGGGUCUCCUCCUGGUGGUCUUCACCGUGUCUCCUCCUGCUGGUCUUUACCGGGUCUCCACCUGGUCUCCUCCUUGUGGUCUACACCUGGUCUCCUCCUGGUGGUCUUCACUUGGUCUCCUACUGGUGGUCUUCACCGUGUCUCCUCCUGGUGGUCUUUACCGGGUCUCCUGGUGGUUUUCACUUGGUCUCCUCCUGGUGGUCUUUACCGUGUCUCCUCCUGGUGGUCUUUACCGUGUCUCCUCCUGGUGGUCUUUACCGGGUCUCCUCCUGGUGGUCUUUACCGGGUCUCCUGGUGGUCUUCACUUGGUCUUCUCCUGGUGGUCUUUACUGGGUCUCCUCCUGGUCUCAUCCUGGUGGUCUUGACGUGGUUUGCUCCUACUUUGGUCUGGUUCUGAAACACAAACCAGAACAACACAGAUCAUGUUUACGGAGCUCUUCGGCCUGCUGAGUGUUGAUUUGUUGUGAACUAAUCUUCUGGCCUGCUUCUCUGUGUUUUCUCCAUAAUCGGAGCCUGUUUACAGAAACAGAACCGGUAAAAGGUUCUGAUCCGGACCAGGUCCCCAGCAGCCAGACGUUCCUGUAAUCCAUUAAAAUGGUUCUGGAUCAACUGUUCUCCGGACUUUCUGAAGGUCUGAAGGAGUUUCAUUUGGAUUUUAGCAGCGUUUUCUCCCAGAUUCACUUGAUGGAUGUUGGAUAAAAACGAGUUUAGUUUGGACCAAACGUCUGAACUCUGCAGUAGCUCUGAAGUACGGUGUCCUUUUUAGGACAUCUCCAGGUGUUCUAAAAGCUUUUGACCAAACGGCCUCAGAUGUGGGACUCUAGACUUUCCUGUAAAGUCUGACAGCUGAGUGGGUUUGAUCUGAGUUCUGACUCUUUUGUCCCAACGUGGACACCGUACAGAGGGACAUUCUCCAGCUGUCUCACCUCGAGGAUGAAGAUCUCAGGUUAGUUCACUCAGGUUGGUCUGAACCCAGAACCUUGCGGGCAGAAGAGUAAACGCUGAUUGAAACACCAGGUUGCAUCAUGGGAAGUUGAGUUUUUCUCCCGGAGCUGCAUUCAAACCUCCAGAGAGAACAAACCCGAUCCAUCUCCUCAUCCCAAACCACGUCUUUUCUGACCGACAGCACUUGGAGUAUUUUGUCCAGCUGAUGUUCUGAUCUGCUGCUACAUCCACCAGGACUCUGGAGCCUUUGAACGUCCACCGUUUGACCGCGUGGCGUUGCCCUUUAGAGCAGAAAAACACUUCUAGUUUUGUAAUGUUUUGUCACAUGGAGGUCCUUCCCGGUCUGCCUUUGUAAAGCGUUCGCUAGCAGAGUUGGUGUGAUUUUUAUUUUUGGUACUGACGUCUCGGUGCCUUACUCGGAUGGGCUUCAGUUCUGUUGGCGUCGUUCGGUGAUCCGACUCCACGAACCCGGACGUUGUGAGCUGGCUCACGCUAAUGAUUGUACUCCAUGAGCUCGUUUCACCGAAGCUCAGUAAUUUAUUAAUCUCUGAGAAAAUGCAACCAACAUAUGUCCUCCCUGAAAGGAGGUCGUUUUAUUUCUUGCACACGGAAAAGUGUCUGUAGGUAUAUUAAAUUAUUUGGUGUUAGGUUCCCAGUAGAUCCAGUAGGUAAACAGAACUGGGACCAAGUUGAAUGUAGAAACGUGUUCAGCUCUGUGAUUAGAAAUAAGGAAACCCUGAACUCUAGAGGUCACUUAAGGUUUUCUGAUGUAGAUGGUUAGAAACGUUCUGGAAAAUCAUAUUUGGAAUUUGAAAAUCAUAGAAUAUGGAGCCAUUGCUUUUAUUUAUGUUAACAUGAUUCAUGACUCUACGUGCUAAAACUUUUGUGGAAAAGGUUUUAUGGACAAAUUUAAUCAAUUUCCCACUGGGAUUAAUAAAGUAUUUUUGAAUUGAA